GGCUCGCCCGCCACUUCCUCCCCUUUCCCCUUUCGAUGUGCGGCUUUGGACAUGCGGAGGCUACUGCAACCGUGUUGGUGGAUCUUUUUCUUGAAAAUCACCAGCUCCGUGCUCCAUGAUGUGGUGUGCUUCCCCGCUCUGACUGAAGGUUACGUGGGCUCUCUGCAUGAGAACAGGCAUGGGAGUUCUGUGCAGAUCCGCAGGAGAAAGGCUUCAGGGGACCCUUACUGGGCAUACUCGGGUACCUAUGGUCCUGAGCACUGGGUGACGUCCAGUGAGAAGUGUGGGGGGUCUCACCAGUCCCCCAUAGACAUCAUCGACCACCUGGCCCAUGUUGGAGAUGAGUAUCAAGAGCUGCAGCUGGAUGGUUUUGACAAUGAAUCUUCAAACAAGACUUGGAUGAAAAACACAGGAAAAACAGUUGCUAUCCUGUUGAAGGACGAUUAUUUUGUCAGUGGUGCCGGGUUACCGGGCAGAUUCAAGGCAGAGAAAGUGGAGUUUCACUGGGGCCAAAGCAACGGAUCAGCUGGCUCUGAGCACAGCAUCAACGGCAAGAGGUUCCCCGUUGAGAUGCAGAUUUACUUCUACAAUCCUGAUGACUUUGACAGUUUUGGAACAGCAGUUCUAGAAAACAGGGUGGUAGGAGCCAUGGCCGUGUUUUUUCAAGUCAGUCAGAGGGACAAUUCAGCACUGGAUCCCAUUAUCCAUGGGUUGAAGGGCGUUGUACAUCAUGAGAAGGAGACCUUUCUGGAUCCCUUUGUGCUGAGGGAACUUCUGCCAACAUCUCUGGGGAGCUACUACCGCUACACAGGGUCCCUGACUACUCCUCCCUGCAGCGAGAUCGUGGAGUGGAUCGUGUUUAGGAAGCCUGUGCCCAUUUCUUACCACCAGCUGGAGGCAUUUUACUCCAUCUUCACCACUGAGCAGCAGGACCAUGUCAAGUCUGUGGAGUACCUGAGGAAUAACUUCCGACCAGUGCAAAGGCUGAACAACAGGAAGGUAUCCAAGUCUGCUGUGAAGGAUGCUUGGAGCCAAGAUAUGACAGACAUGUUGGAAAAUCCACUUGGUACAGAAGCUUCCAAAGCUUGUAGCACUCCUCCAGUCAACAUGAAAGUGCAGCCUGUGAACAGGACAGCACUACUGGUGACCUGGAACCAACCAGAAACCAUUUACCACCCUCCAAUCAUGAACUACAUGAUCUCCUACAGCUGGACUAAAAAUGAAGAUGAAAAGGAGAAGACUUUCACCAAGGAUAGUGACAAGGACCUGAAGGCCAUCAUUAGCCAUGUCUCACCUGACAUCCUUUAUCUGUUCAGAGUUCAAGCAGUUUGCCGAAAUGAAAUGCGUAGUGACUUUAGCCAGACUAUGCUCUUUCAAGCUAACACCACUCGAAUUUUCGAGGGGACCCGAAUUGUGAAGACAGGAGUGCCCACAGCAUCUCCUGCCUCCUCAGCAGACAUGGCUCCCAUCAGCUCCGGCUCCUCCACCUGGACCUCUUCAGGGCUCCCCUUCUCCUUCGUGUCCAUGGCCACAGGCAUGGGCCCUUCCUCCAGCGGCAGCCAGGCCACCGUGGCCUCCGUGGUGACCAGCACCUUGCUGGCAGGGCUGGGCUUCAGCGGCGGGGGCAUCUCCUCCUUCCCCAGCAGCGUGUGGCCCACGCGGCUGCCCGCGGCCGCCGCCCCCAGCAAGCAGGCCGGCCGCGCCGUGGUGGCCACCACCGAGGCUGCCGCCGCCUCCCCCGGGCCCGAGCGGGACUCGGGGCUCACCAAGGAUGGCGAGGGAGCCGAGGAGGGGGAGAAGGAUGAAAAGAGUGAAAGCGAGGAUGGGGAGCGGGAGCACGAGGAAGAGGAAGAAAAGGAUGCUGAAAAGAAGGAGAAGAGCAGGGCGACAGCAGCCUCGGAGGCACGCAAUAGCACGGAGCCCAGCGUGGCCGUGGCUUCCCCCAACAGGACUGCUGAGGAAGAAGGAAAUAAAACCCUACCGGGAGAAGUGCCAAAGCAAAACGUUGCCCCCACGGCUGGAGGUGCCGAGAAGGAGAGCUCUGCUGAAGCCAACACUCAGCCCCAGCUGCUCCCUUCCACCCAAGUGCCACCAGCGUUCACCGACGAACUGUACCUGGGCAAGAUCCCAAGAAGACCAGAGACUACAAGAAAUCCUCCUCCGAAGAUGGACAGGUUUCCAGAGGAACAUCCUUCAGAUAACAAAUUCAUCACCAUUAACCCAGCUGGCAAGAACAGCUCCAGCAUGGCCACGAGACCUUCUCCUGGUAAAAUGGAAUGGAUCAUCCCACUCAUUGUGGUCUCAGCACUGACCUUCGUGUGCCUCAUUCUUCUCAUCGCUGUGCUUGUCUACUGGAGAAAGUGUUUUCAGACUGCUCAUUUCUAUGUGGAGGACAGCAGUUCCCCCCGUGUGGUCCCCAAUGAAAGUAUUCCCAUUAUACCUAUUCCAGAUGAUAUGGAAGCAAUUCCAGUCAAGCAGUUUGUUAAACACAUCAGUGAGCUGUAUUCUAAUAACCAGCAUGGGUUCUCAGAAGACUUUGAGGAAGUGCAGCGCUGUACGGCUGACAUGAACAUCACUGCCGAGCAUUCCAACCACCCCGACAACAAGCACAAGAACAGAUACAUCAACAUCCUGGCCUAUGAUCACAGCAGGGUGAAGCUCAGGCCUUUACCAGGGAAAGAUUCUAAGCACAGUGACUACAUUAAUGCUAAUUAUGUCGAUGGUUACAACAAAGCAAAAGCCUACAUUGCUACCCAGGGACCUUUAAAGUCUACCUUUGAAGAUUUCUGGAGGAUGAUAUGGGAACAAAAUACAGGAAUCAUUGUCAUGAUCACAAACCUUGUUGAAAAAGGAAGAAGGAAGUGUGAUCAGUACUGGCCCACGGAGAACAGCGAGGAGUACGGCAACAUCAUCGUCACGCUCAAGAGCACAAACGUCCACGCCUGCUACACUGUGCGCCGCUUCACCGUCAGGAACACCAAGAUGAAAAAGGGUCAGAAGGGGAACCCCAAAGGGCGGCAGAACGAGAGGACUGUCAUUCAGUACCACUACACCCAGUGGCCUGACAUGGGCGUGCCCGAGUACGCGCUGCCCGUGCUCACCUUCGUCAGGAGAUCCUCGGCAGCCAGAGCCCCGGACAUGGGACCAGUGGUGGUGCACUGCAGUGCUGGUGUUGGCAGGACUGGUACCUACAUUGUGAUAGACAGUAUGCUGCAGCAGAUAAAAGACAAAAGCACAGUUAAUGUCCUGGGUUUCCUGAAACAUAUCAGGACGCAGCGCAACUACCUCGUCCAGACAGAGGAGCAGUACAUUUUUAUUCAUGAUGCCUUGUUGGAAGCCAUCCUUGGGAAGGAGACUGAAGUGUCUGCAAACCAGCUGCACAGUUAUGUCAACACCAUCCUCAUUCCUGGCAUAGGGGGGAAGACACGGUUAGAAAAGCAGUUCAAGCUGGUUACACAGUGUAAUGCAAAAUACGUGGAAUGCUUCAGUGCUCAGAAAGACUGCAACAAAGAGAAGAACAGGAACUCAUCAGUUGUGCCAUCUGAGCGUGCUAGAGUGGGCUUGGCACCACUGCCUGGAAUGAAGGGAACAGAUUACAUUAAUGCCUCUUAUAUCAUGGGCUACUACAGGAGUAACGAGUUCAUCAUAACCCAACAUCCACUGCCACAUACAACUAAGGAUUUCUGGCGAAUGAUCUGGGACCACAAUGCACAGAUCAUUGUCAUGCUGCCGGACAACCAGAGCCUGGCAGAAGAUGAGUUUGUGUACUGGCCAAGUCGUGAGGAAUCCAUGAACUGUGAGGCCUUUACUGUGACCCUUAUCAGCAAAGACAGACUGUGCCUCUCUAAUGAAGAGCAAAUUAUCAUCCAUGACUUUAUCCUUGAAGCUACCCAGGAUGACUACGUGCUGGAAGUUCGCCACUUUCAGUGUCCCAAAUGGCCAAACCCCGACGCUCCCAUAAGCAGUACCUUUGAACUUAUCAAUGUAAUCAAGGAAGAGGCCUUAACAAGGGAUGGCCCCACCAUAGUUCAUGAUGAGUAUGGAGCUGUGUCAGCAGGAACUCUCUGUGCCCUUACCACUCUGUCUCAGCAGCUGGAGAAUGAAAAUGCUGUCGAUGUGUUCCAGGUGGCAAAGAUGAUAAAUCUUAUGCGGCCUGGAGUAUUUACAGACAUUGAACAGUACCAGUUUCUUUAUAAGGCAAUGCUAAGCUUGGUCAGCACUAAGGAAAAUGGAAAUGGUCCCAUGACACUGGACAAAAAUGGUGCUGUGAUGGCCAGUGACGAAUCUGAUCCUGCAGAAAGCAUGGAGUCUCUUGUCUAAUUGGAAACCUGAAAAGGCACUUAAUUUGUAGAACUUCUGAAGACUGAGUGAACUUUUUUGAGGCCUUUUUUGCCAGACUCUAGGUUAUACAAUAACCCAAUUACUUUUUUACACUGAUAAAAGUUUUGAUAUUUAUUUUUUGCCAUUUUAUGUCUUAAUGGUAUCCUACUGAGCAUUUGCACCUCUGUUUAUUUCACACAGUGAAACGCAAUUUUAUCUAGUUUGCACUAUAUGAUCAGUGUUACUGCCUAUAAUAUCCUAAUACAAGACAAGCCCUGAUGUGACAUUCCAUGACAACAAACAUAUGCUUUUUCUGUUUUGUUUAAAUGCAGUGAAGUUUUGCUAACUACAGUGACCCUGGAAUCUUAAAUCUUGAAUGCUAGGCCAGAUGGAUUCUUUCUGCAACAGAUACUGUACCCCUUCAUACCAUAUUUAUUAUUUAGUGAUCAUGUCAAGGUUUUGGUAACGGUGUUCUGCAUUCCAUUGGAGUGGAUGAGCAGUGUUCAUCCUUUCUUGACAAAAUGUGGCAGGUGAUUAUUAGCUACAGUGAAGGUCCAACAGCCUUGUGGAGCUGAAACAAUUAUUUCUGUAUUGUUUCAAAUUGCUGUGUUGUACACUUACAGGCCUGAGACUUGCUUCACAUGGAAUAUAUGAAUUACAUACAAGAUAAUUAUAAGUUAGAUGCAAUUCAUAUGUGGGAUGCAGUGAUAAGUUUUGAAUUUACAGUUUCAAUGUUUCCCCAUGUAUUCAGGAAAAUGUUGAUUUUGGUUUUUAACCUGCCCUGUGAUGGGAAAGUAUUUUGGUUUUAUUUUCAUCGGAGCCAAUACAGUGAGAAAUGUACGACAACCCAAAAUCAGACCAGUUUUCAGAUAUAUUAAAGGUAGCAAUAUUUUACAUUACUAAGCUAUUCAAUAUUUUAAACACAUCUAAUUUCCUUACUAUUUCUUGAAUAUGACCUCACACCUAAUGGUAUGUUACAUGAUGACAGGCGUUUCUUAAUUUCAUAACUGUUAGAUGCCAUUUUUACAGGUGUGUAAUUUUCAUACUUUAGUGCUAAAACAUAAAGUACUGAUCCAUAUUUACUGGUGAAGCAAACUAAUAAAAAAACUACCUAUAAA